AUGCGUGUCCAGCCUUUCGUCUCAUCCGCCCUUCUCCUCCUCUCUAUCUCUACCGCUAUAGCCGGCCCAGUAUCGAAUCCAGAUGCGAAGAGAAAAGAGCCGUCUAAAGGUGCUCGGGAAUCAGACCCUUCAAAAGCUGUGACGGACUCGGUUUCCUCAGAUGACCCUGCAACCUGGGAUUUUAGUAGCCCCUUUGACGGGAAGGAUGGCAAACCGCACGCCGGCCCCUUUGUAGAGACAAUUGCAGAGCGAGGGCGUAAGAAGUCGUCCAAGAAUGGUGGCUCAAAGCAAGAGGAUGAGGAGGAUGAUACCUUCUCGGAAGACACCGAGCAUAUCGCCCCUGACGGGACCAAGAUUCCUCACUCAAAUGAUGGAGUAAUGGAUGAUAAGAACCGUUCAGGGCCCAAGGAGGGAACAACAGGUAUAGAGGGUGGAGUGUCAGCGAAAUCCAAGGGCAAAGACACGAGCACCAACAGGAAACCGGACUCUCCCAAGGAGUUACCUCCACUCCCUCAUAGUGAACAGACGAAGAUUCCCGGGCAAGACGACCAGCCAGAGGAUAGCGACGAUGAGAAGAAGGGAUCAAAAGUUCUGGAGAAACCUGACGAUCUACCCGAGUCUCCUCACUCUGUUUCCUCAGGGAAGUCAGAUAAAUCUCGUGGACCCGAUCUCUCUACAAAACCUGGAUCUUCUCGUUCCCCCGAUACCAAAACACCGUCGAAACAACCUGGCAACGAAAUCAUUCACCCCUCCGACUCGUUCUUCCUAUCGCUUACCAUGAUUGUUUUCUCCGAGAUUGGUGACAAGACUUUCCUUGUCGCUGCGCUUAUGGCUAUGCGCCAUCCUCGCAUGCUCGUCUUUUCUGCCGCAUUUAGUGCACUCGCUGUCAUGACUGUUCUCUCCGCCGUCCUUGGCCAUGCUGUUCCUACCCUUCUACCGGCUCACUUUACCAGCGCUCUUGCGUCGAUCCUUUUCUUCGUUUUUGGCCUUAAAAUGAUGGUCGAGGCACGAAACAUGUCUCCAGAUGAGAAUGUUAGUCAGGAAAUGAAAGAAGUUGAGAUGGAACUCGAAGAGAAGGAACAUGAGCAGCUUCGCAUGGGCCGUGGCCGCUCGGGCAUCAGUGCCUAUGCGCUAGAAUCUGGCCAUGGGGGACUCCCACGGAAGAGCCGCUCUUCCAACCAUAUGCUCCCCUCCCCAGAGAGCCUCUCCUCAUCGUCGUCAAGGGAUAACUCUCCAUCUCGCGCCAACACCCUUGCAAACAUGAUGUCUGGUGUUAGCAACCUGUUUUCGUUCCUGUUGAGUCCCGCUUGGGUGCAAACUUUUGUCAUGACCUUCCUAGGAGAAUGGGGAGAUCGAAGCCAGAUAGCUACCAUCGCCAUGGCUGCUGGUGCUGAUUAUUGGUGGGUUACCUGUGGUGCCGUUAUUGGCCACGCGCUUUGUACUGCCGGCGCAGUCAUAGGUGGACGAGCGAUCGCUGGCAAAGUCAGCAUCCGAGUUGUCACCUUUGGUGGUGCCAUCUGCUUCGUCAUCUUCGGCCUUCUCUACCUUUUCGAAUCUAUAUAUUAA